ACGUGAAGUAAGUUAAAACUGUAAGUGUUACACUGUAAAAAAUUUGUGGAGUGAACGUGGAUUAAAUCCGUGUAAAUUAUUCACAAUAAAAUAUGCGAAGAAAUGAGUAAAUUAUUAAUUUAAUCACAGUUUUAACUAUAAAAUACAGUGGGAAAAUUAGGAUUCUAAAAAAGUCCUUAAGGAUAUGGCGGAGAAAAUAACUGAGGAAAAGUUGAGAAGAAAUCCCAUUGAAAAGGCCAAUCUUCUCAGCCGAUUAUUUUUUUGGUGGACACUGGGGUUAUUUAAAAAAGGAGCACAAAAUGGAAUUACGGCAGAUGAUCUUUAUACUCCGUUAGCUUCUGAUAAAUCGGAGACACUGACAGACGAUUUGGAACGGGCAUGGAAUGAUGAGCUAAAGAAAUUGGAGGUCAAUGAAAAUAAUCAGAAUAAUGUCGAUAAUCGUAACGCGAAAUCGCCGAAACCAAGUUUGCUUCGCGCAAUAAUUAAGACAUUUUGGCUCAAGUAUGCGAUUAUUGGAGUGUUCCAAAUCAUUGAACAAGUUAUUCUAUUUAAUUUGCAACCAGUUAUUCUAAGCAAAUUAAUAGAUUAUUUUGAAAAUGAUAAUUCAAUGACUAAAAAAGAAGUAUUGAGUUGGGCGGCAGCUCUUAUUACUGUUACUCUUGGUAGUAUAUUUAUUAUGCAGCAUACACAUUUUUUCGCUCAGAUAUUGGGAAUGAGAAUAAGAGUUGCCUGUUGUUCGUUAAUUUAUCGAAAAAGUCUGAAAUUAAGUAAGCCAGCAUUAGAUCAAACUUCAGUUGGUCAGGCUGUAAAUCUCCUUAGUAAUGAUGCCAAUCGUUUUGAUUUACAGCCUCUUUUUUUUAACUACCUAUGGAUAACACCGAUUCAGAUUGUUGUGAUUGGUUACAUUGUUUGGCGCAGAAUUGGAAUUUACACCCUAGUCGGGUACGGAGUGUUAUUUUUAAUAACUAUUCCAAUGCAAGGCUAUGUGGGAGCAGUGACGGGAAAACUAAGAAAUACUACUGCAAAAUUAACCGAUCGACGUGUUCAACUUAUAAAUGAAAUAAUUUUCGGUAUACAAGUCAUAAAAAUGUACGUAUGGGAAAAACCAUUUGAAGAAAUGGCCAUGAAAGCCAGGGCAAAGGAGAUGAAACAAAUCCUUCAUUCUAAUAACAUUAAAGGGUUAUAUUCAAAUUUAUGGGAAUUGACUCAAAAAAUAAUGACGUUUACGACCAUUGCGAUGUUCAUUUUAAAUGGAAAUCAAUUACCGAUAAGGAUCGCUUUUCAGAUUCCGAUUUACUAUAAUACGUUGCAAGUUCUUAUGACUAUUCUUUUUCCUAUGUCUAUACUUAUAUCAAUACAAACUUUUAUUGUGGUCCAGAGGAUUGAGAAAUUUUUGCUGCUUGAAGAAGUUACUGAAAGUACGAAAGUUUCUUUGAAUAGCAAUGAGUUUAAGGUGUCGGAAGUAAAUGUUGAGAAAGAGAAAAAAUCCAUUCCUGGAGCUGUAGUUGUUGAACUGAAUAAAGUUUCAGCCAAUUGGAAAUUUGGGCAGUUACCUCCGACACUUUGUGACGUAACUCUGAAGAUCAACGGCGGAGAACUUUGUACGCUUGUAGGUCCAGUUGGUUCGGGCAAAAGUUCUUUGCUUAAUUUGUUGCUGCAGGAGCUGCCAGUUGGCGCGGGAACAGUUGGGCUCUUUCAGUUCCCUCGUGAAGAGUCAGCUGAUGCCAGAUCUAAAUCUGGAUUUAUACAGGACAAUCCAGAGAUGAAAAUAUCGUAUGCAAGUCAAGAUCCAUGGCUUUUUACGGGAACUGUGAGAGAGAAUAUCCUCUUUGGGCAGGAUUAUGACAAAGCGCGUUAUGAAGAAGUAACGAAAGUUUGUUCAUUACUGCGAGACUUUAAACAACUGCCUGAUGGUGACAAGACAAUCGUUGGAGAACGCGGAGCUUCACUGUCUGGUGGUCAACGAGCGAGAGUCAAUUUGGCCAGAGCAAUUUACAGACCAGCGGACUUAUACCUACUAGAUGAUCCACUCAGUGCCGUGGAUGCGCGUGUCGCUCGACGUCUCUUCCAGGAUUGUAUUCUCGGCUACCUGAAAGGCAAAACAAGGAUUCUCGUUACACAUCAACUGGAUUAUCUUGAGCAAGUUGACACGAUUGCAGUUCUGGAAUGCGGAUCGAUUACACAUCAGGACACUAUGAAUACUUUAACAACUGUGAGUCCUACUUUUAACAACAUGGUUAAUGCGUUGACAGAGAACAAAAAUAAAGUAUCAAACAUAGUCAUUGAACAUGAUGAUGACGUAAGUCCUCCAGCUUCUGCAAUAGAAUGUGCCACAGAAAAAAAUGAUUUCUUCCGACGACUCAAAGCAAGAAUGUCCCAAGUUUCUAUCAAAUCGCAAGAUAGCUACAAGUUGAUGACCGUUGGAAAGUUCCAGGACCCAAAUGCAAAAGACGAUGUCCCCGAUGAAGUAAUUGGCUCGGGAUUCAUUUCUAAAGAGAUUUACUUUAGAUAUUUCCGGGAAGGUGGUGGAACCAUUGGCGUCACUCUGCUUGCUUUAAUGUUCAUUGUUACAACAGCUGCUUCUAUUGGCGUCGACCAGUGGAUGGCUUAUUGGACAACAUUGGAAACAUUCAGGUCGUGUAUUCAUUCCUCAGGCGGUUUUUCCCAGGGCGCUAAACAUGAAUCCAAUUCUCUCGUCAAUAACACAAUAUUCGAUCCACUUCUUGAUGCUGACGGUUUGUUACCCGCAAACAUGGCAGUCUACAUCUACUUAGCGCUUCUUAUCACUUUUGUCACGCUCUCCAUGUCAAGGUGCUAUUUCCUUAUCCUGAUUGGGAUGAGAGCUGCGCGCCGACUUCACAAUCUCAUGUUCGCCAACGUUCUUAGAGCGACAAUGUACUUUUUCAAUACGAAUCCUUCAGGUCGAUUAUUAAACAGAUUUUCAAAGGACGUUGGAACGAUGGAUGAUAGUCUUCUGCCGGAUAUUUUACAAGCCGCGAUUAUUCUUUCAGCAGCUAUGGCGACGCUUAUAAAUAUCAUUAUAGUCAAUCCAUGGAUGAUGAUACUAGCUUUGAUUGUAGGAAUUUUAUAUUACUUUUCAAUAAAAUUUUACUUGAAAACGGCUCAAGAUGUGAAACGACUAGAGAGUGCAAUAAAAAGCCGAGUGUUAAGUCAUGUAUCCACAAGUUUCGAUGGUCUGCCGACAAUAAGAAGCAGGGACAAUGCCGAGAAAAUAAUGUUACGCAAUAACUUUGACCGGUAUCAAGAUGAUCAUACGAGAGCAUGGUAUUUGAUGAUAGCAACUGGGUCAGCCUUUGGCCUGGGUAUCGAUUUGAUGGCUUGUUUUUUCAUCGCUGUCUUAAGUUUUCUGUUGAUUAUUUUUAAUGUUGAUGGACCAUCUGCCGGGUUAGCAAUAUCACAAUCUUUGUCACUAACGGGUAUGCUUCAACAUGGUGUGAAACAAGCUACCAAAGUACAGUCGCAAAUGACAGCAGUUGAAAGAAUUAUUCAGUAUACUGAUCUACCAAAGGAAGGUCCAAUAGAGUCAUCGAAGCCGUUGCCAGAAAACUGGCCUUCAAAGGGACGGAUGCAGUGGAAAAAUGUCUACCUCUCUUACAAAGAAGGUGAUCCUCCUGUUUUAAAGAAUAUUGACCUGAUGAUAGAGCCGGGCUGGAAAGUGGGAGUUGUCGGAAGAACUGGGGCUGGAAAGUCUUCUUUGAUAUCAGCGCUCUUCCGACUUGUAGAUGAUGGACUUAAGGGGCAAAUAAUAAUUGAUGACAUUGACACGAAAACAAUUGGUCUUCAGGACUUACGAUCAAGUAUAUCAAUAAUUCCUCAAGAGCCUGUUUUAUUUUCUGAAACUUUGCGAUAUAAUCUCGAUCCCUUCGACAAGUACACCGAUAAAGACAUUUGGGAUGCUUUGAGAGAAGUUGAAUUGAGUGAUUUGGCCCUCGAUCAAUGGGUCACCGAGGGUGGAACCAAUUUCAGUGUCGGUCAACGUCAACUCAUUUGUCUCGCCCGAGCUCUGUUAAGAAAUAAUCGUAUUCUUAUUCUCGAUGAAGCCACCGCCAAUAUCGAUUCUCGAACUGAUGCAUUAAUUCAGCGAGCGAUUCGAUCUAAAUUCGCAGACUGCACCGUUAUAACAAUAGCUCACCGAUUAAACACGAUCAUAAACAGCGACAGAGUUCUAGUUAUGGACAAUGGUUGUGUUGCGGAGUUUGACACCCCCCACGAACUACUGUUGAAGAAACCAGAUAGUAUAUUCUCUAAAAUGGUUCAACAAACCGGACCAACAAUGGCAGCUAAAAUAACGCAGGAAGUGAUGAAAUUGCAUCCACAGCAAACCGAUAUACUUCCAUCAGCAGAAACAGACGAUUCCAAUCUUCCACAUAAAAAUUCUCUCAGUCACGUGUCAUCGUUCUAUGAUACAAAACUUUAAAAUAAUUAAUAAAAACAUCUCAUAUUUAUCGCUCCAUUAUCGA